UGCUGCUGCUACUAGUGAUUUUAGCAUUAUUAUUGGAAAAAUAACAAAAUAACAUCGAGUGAAAAUGUUUAUUGAUUUUAGCAAUUUGUGAUACUAAAAUAGGAUUGUUAUGUUUACUUCCCAACAGUUUAUUUAGUGCUAAAAUUUUAAUAUAUCCUAAAAAUAGAAGUGCGCGAUUCUUGCCAAAAUUUCGGCAAAAUGGCAGAUCAAAUAGGCAGUCAAUCUAAUCAAGUUCGUAGGCCCGAUUUAAUGAGAAUAGACUUUUCUCAAGGGAGUACUCCAGCUCCUUUUGUUUUUCGUCCACUGCCUAGUCAACCGAUGGAGAAAAUUGGAGUUGCGGCAGCUUCCAACAGACCUAAAAUGACUCUUCCCACAGUAACUAAAAAUAAGGAACCAUCAUUGUUUUCUCGUUCUCAACCCGUUGAACGAACCAAAAUAAGGGAGAACAAGUUCAAAACUUGCCCUUCUAUGAAUUCUGUAGGGAAACUUCAAAUAAACGGUGCCAGUUACGACUUUACUUCGGAUGAUUUACAAGAUUUAGGUGAAAUUGGUAGGGGAGGAUUCGGUACAGUUAACAAAAUGGUCCAUCGGAAAUCCGGUACUGUAGUAGCAGUAAAGAGAAUAAGAUCGACAGUUGAUGAGAAGGAACAGAAACAGUUACUAAUGGAUUUGGAUGUGAUUAUGAAGAGUAACGAGAGUAAAUAUAUCGUGCAAUUCUAUGGAGCCCUUUUUAAAGAGGGCGACUGCUGGAUAUGUAUGGAACUAAUGGAUACCUCGCUAGAUAAAUUUUACAAAUUCAUAUACGAGAAGUUGAAGAAGAGGAUCCCCGAACCUAUCCUAGGGAAAAUAGCUUUAGCUACGGUUAAUGCCUUAAAUUAUCUUAAAGAAGAACUGAAAAUAAUCCACAGAGACGUUAAACCAAGCAAUAUUUUAUUAGAUAAGGGAGGUAAUAUUAAACUCUGUGAUUUUGGUAUUUCUGGCCAGCUCGUAGACUCCAUUGCUAGAACUAAGGACGCUGGGUGUCGACCUUACAUGGCACCUGAAAGAAUAGAUCCUCAGACCGCGAAAGGUUACGACGUCAGAAGCGAUGUCUGGUCGUUAGGAAUCACGUUGAUGGAAGUGGCGACAGGGCAUUUCCCUUACAAGAGGUGGUCAAGCGUAUUCGAUCAACUCCACGAAGUGGUAAACGGAGAACCACCUCGGCUAACAACUAACCACAACGCGAAUACUUUCACUGCUGAGUUUGUUAAUUUUGUAAAUACUUGUUUGUUAAAGAACGAACACCAGAGGCCAAAAUACAAGCAACUGCUCCAGGACCCGUUCAUACUGAGGGCCCAGAAGGAGGAGGUGGACGUCGCCGCUUACGUAACGGAAAUAAUGGACGAGAUGGCCAACAAUGGAAUCAGCGCCUUCACGACCAAUCAGCAGUGAACUGGCGCCCGCCACUGAGUACGUUUUAUUUGUAUACCCCUUGUUGUAGACGUGCGAAUACUCGUUAAUGUUUCAUUGUUUGUCGAAAUUGUCACACAACUUCCUAUUGCACUUUUUUAAACGGUAAUGUUAUGUUCCCCGGGCCCCCCCCUACCCCUUGCCCGUUGUAGUGAAUCGAAGACAAUAAUAGAUUAAAUCUUUAAAGCGUCUUAGAACAUUAACGAGGCUUUCGAACUAUUUUUUGAAAUACGAUUUUCGUUGAAUAAGCAUAGUUGUUCAGUCAACAUCUCAGGUGAUGUAAAAUAGUGAAAAGUCCUGUUAGAAAUAUUGAUUACGUAAGUUAAGACAAGUUAGGAGGUUUAUUUGUUGUUUUCCGAUUUACCAAACGACAGCAUUUACAUUAGCCCGGCGUUAGCCAGCCUUAACUCGGAGCUGUGACGAUUCCCUGCGAGUAACGGUAUCUGUGGAAGUAUAUCGUUUAUAAAUUUUUAAUUAGUCUUUUAUACAGGGCGUUGCGGAAUUAAUUUGCCAAACUUAAACUGGGUUGUCAAAAUGAGAAAUAAAAUACAGUUAAAGCCGCUUAAUGCGGACACAUCGGGGAAACGAGAUUUGUCCGCAUUAAGCGGCUGUCUGCAUAAACCAAACUUACACAAAUAAACAACCGAUAUUUUAACGCAAACAUGAAAAACAUUCUAUAAAAGGGCUAAAUAAGUUAAAAUAGUAUAAGUAGUACUGACGUUUAGUAUAAAUUUUGUUUUAUAAAGAGGUAUACAGUACAUAUAAACAAGUACAUAUUGUCCCUAUUAUCACGUAGAGGCGUAUGUGUAUAUCUAUUUCUUGGAUUAUACGUCCCUACGUGAUAAGGGGGACGAUACGUAUGUACAUACUGUACUUAAAACUGAAAAUUAAAAAAUCAACUCAGGCUAGUUAAUUAUUUUAUAUAAUCGUCCAUGAUCUUUUGCUUUUUCAAUGUAAGACCUUUUCUGGUCACAUAAUCUGAACAAACUUUUAACAUUCUAUUUGACUGUCGUCGUUGCCUGUCUGUAAAAAAUAUCUUGUUAAAAUUUCGACGGCGUUACGCGCUUCUUGUAAUUGAAACGGCGGUGUUUUAUCUUCACUGUCGCUACUUUCUUGUUCCGUGCUUUUAAAUUUUUCAAGCACAGUUUCAUCUAGAUUUUCAUUGUCGUCGUAACAUUUUACAUCGACUUCCAAAUUCACAAAUUCUUUUCGUUCUCCUCUUCCAUCUCGUCACCUUUUUUGAAACCGCAAUGAGAGAAGCUGUUUUUUAUGGUGCUGGUGCUAACGUCUUGCCAGCUGUCUGACGCAAAGUUUAUUGCUUGUAAACUGUUUAUUUUACCGCUUAUGUCCUUUGACGUACAGUUUCGAUCAAGGAAAUUUUCUUCUAUUUUUUCAAGAAUGUAGUUCACUACUUUUGUUCUGUAUUUGACUUUAACAUUUUUUAUGAUACCCAUGUCCAAGGGCUGAAUUAUCGACGUCGUGUUUGCCGGUAAAAAUUCAAGGGUGACGUUUUUUAACGAGUCAAUCUUUGGGUAGGCAGCGCAGUUAUCGAGUACAAGCAUUAUCGAUCUGGACUUCCAUUGCAACUCUGUCCCAUUUUGUCAAUCACUCCGUGAAAAUAGAAUAUGUCAUCCACGCAUUCGCAUUUGCGUGGUAUUCGACUGGUAGUCGGUCUACCGAAAUGUGCUUGAAACACCGUGGGUUCUUGCUUUUAGCGAUCACGAGCAACUUUUUUUUGUCACUUCCCGCCAUGUUCACGCGGCUUAACAAUGUUACCCUAUCCAUUGCUUUUUUCGAACCAACUA